UUUCCUAAGUACACCAAAAUUAAAAAGAAAAAAGGGGUUUGUAUAGUACGAACAAAAGAGUUUCUUCUACAUUUACCACUAUUGUCUCUCUCUCUGAACCAACCACAUCCAUGGCUUCUCUUUUGGCUAACGGUAUAUCGAGCUUCUCCCCCCAACCUACUUCGGAAUCCCCUAAAUUUCCAAAAGGGUUUCAUCCAAAACUCGAUAAUUUGAAGCUUCUGAAUCAGAAAGCUUCUUCUUCUCCAAGAAGGGCCUUUAGGGUUCGCGCCGAUGUUGGGUACGAUCAGAAAACCAUCAAUCCUGAUUCAACUUCCUCUGCUGGUAAGCUUUCAACUUCCUCUACUAGCUCCGACGAUAAAAUCCAAGAAAUUCUUCGUAACCGUGAAUACGAUAAGAAAUUUGGAUUUAGUGUAGAUAUAGAUUCAUUUUCAAUUCCCAAAGGGUUAUCGAAGGAAACAAUUCGAUUAAUAUCUACUCUGAAAGAUGAACCUGAUUGGAUGCUUCAGUUUAGAUUGAAUGCUUAUGAUAGGUUUUUGAAGAUGAAAGAACCCAAAUGGUCGGAUAACAAAUAUCCACCCAUUGAUUUUCAAGACCUUUGCUAUUAUUCGGCUCCUACGAAGAAACCCACUUUAAAUAGCCUAGAUGAGGCUGACCCUGAACUUAUUAAGUACUUUGACAGAUUAGGAGUGCCUCUGAAUGAGCAAAAUCGAUUGGCCAAUGUUGCGGUCGAUGCUGUUCUUGACAGUGUCUCGAUUGCCACAACUCAUAGAAAGACUUUGGAGGCUGCGGGUGUUAUCUUUUGUUCCAUUUCGGAGGCAAUCAAAGAGUACCCUGAUUUAAUUAGGAAGUAUCUAGGAAAAGUAGUGCCUGUUGAGGAUAACUAUUAUGCAGCUCUGAAUGCAGCAGUUUUCAGUGAUGGGUCGUUUUGUUAUAUACCGAAGGAUACAAAGUGUCCGAUGCAAAUUUCCACUUAUUUUCGGAUAAAUGCUUUGGAAACGGGGCAGUUUGAGAGAACAUUGAUUGUUGCUGAGGAUAGGAGUUUUGUGGAGUAUUUGGAGGGCUGUACGGCUCCCUCUUAUGAUCGGAACCAACUUCAUGCUGCUGUGGUAGAGUUAUAUUGUGCUGAAGGGGCAGAGAUUAAGUACUCCACUGUGCAGAAUUGGUAUGCUGGGGAUGAGGAAGGAAGGGGAGGAAUUUAUAACUUUGUUACAAAGCGAGGCCUUUGUGCUGGGGCUCGAUCCAAGAUAUCUUGGACACAAGUGGAGACAGGGUCUGCUAUUACUUGGAAGUACCCGAGUGUUGUAUUAGAGGGAGAUGAUACCGUUGGUGAAUUCUAUUCAGUUGCUUUGACUAACAAUUAUCAGCAGGCAGACACAGGAACGAAGAUGAUUCACAAGGGGAAGAACACGAGAAGUAGGAUUAUUUCUAAGGGUAUAUCAGCUGGCAAGUCAAGAAAUUGUUACAGGGGCCUUGUUAAGGUGCUUUCAGGAGCAGAGAAUGCUCGAAACUCUUCGCAAUGUGAUUCAAUGCUUAUUGGUGAUACUGCUGCAGCCAACACGUACCCCUACAUUGAGGUAAAAAAUCCCACAGCUCGCAUUGAACAUGAAGCCAGUACCUCUAAAAUUGGUGAAGACCAGCUAUUUUACUUUCAACAGAGGGGAAUUGACUAUGAAAAAGCCAUGGCUGCCAUGAUUUCUGGAUUUUGCCGUGAUGUCUUUAAUGAACUUCCUGACGAGUUUGGUGCUGAGGUGAACCAACUGAUGAGCCUGAAGCUUGAAGGAUCAGUGGGUUAGAGUUACAAACGUGUAUCCACUAUCCAAGUGAGCUUAUGUUGUGAAAUCAAUCUCGCCCAUUUGAACUUCCAAUUAGUUUGACAAGCUCUACUUUGCGUCUAGUACUUGAAAAAAAUCGUCACAAUGGGGAUGUAAAGUAUGUACAUAGUUUUGUAGAUGCACCAUUUGAUGGUGUCUAUCCUUUUGUUACCAAAAUAACAAUAUAUUGUAUUGUAAACUUUACGAUACAGAAAAAAAUGCCCUUGUUGUUAGUUAGCAAUAAGAAUAUUAUAAUUCUCAAUAGAAGCUUUCAAAUUUUGUUGCUA